GACCCGCGGGAGCGAUUUAACAUGGCGGAGAACACCGCCUCAGCGGCCCUUAGCCCGCGCGGCUGUGGGGACGGGAAAGAUGCCGACCUCCUAGAGGAGAGGAUGGUGGAAACGGAGAGAGACGACCAGCAGCAGUUUGAGUGCCAGGAGCUUCUCGACUGCCAGGUGCAGGUGGGGGCCCCCGAGGAGGAGGAGAAGGAGGACCCGGGCCUAGUGGCCGAGGCCGAGGCCGUGGCUGCCGGUUGGAUGCUCGAUUUCCUCUGCCUCUCUCUUUGCCGAGCCUUCCGCGACGGUCGCUCCGAGGACUUCCACCGGACCCGCGACAGCGCCGAGGCUAUUAUUCAUGGACUGUCGAGUCUAACAGCUUAUCAACUGAAAACUAUAUACAUUUGUCAGUUUUUGACAAGAAUUGCCGCAGGAAAAACUCUUGAUGCACAGUUUGAAAGUGAUGAACGAAUCACACCCUUGGAAUCAGCCCUGAUGAUUUGGGGUUCAGUUGAAAAGGAACAUGACAAACUUCAUGAAGAAAUACAGAAUUUAAUUAAAAUUCAGGCUAUAGCUGUUUGUAUGGAAAAUGGCGAUUUUAAGGAAGCAGAAGAAGUCUUUGAAAGAAUAUUUGGUGACCCAAAUUUUUAUACGCCUUUAAAAAGGAAAUUGCUUAUGAUAAUCUCUCAGAAAGAUACAUUCCAUUCAUUUUUUCAACACUUCAGCUACAACCACAUGAUGGAGAAAAUUAAGAGUUAUGUGAACUAUGUGCUAAAUGAAAAAUCAUCAACCUUUCUAAUGAAGGCAGCAGCAAAAGUAGUAGAAAGUAAAAGAGCAAGAACAAUAACUGCUCAAGAUAAACCUAACGGUAAUGAUAUUGAAAUGGAAACUGAAGCUAAUUUGGAUAUAGGAAAAAGUGUUAGUGACAAACAGUCUGUGGUAACUGAAUCCUCAGGGGAUAGAGUAUCCUUAUUGAGGUCUCACAGGAACCUCUUCUUAUCUAAGUUGAAACAUGGAAGCCAGCAACAAGAUCUUAAUAAAAAAGAAGACGGAGUGGGAACUCUUCAAAUUGGAAGAAAGAAAAAACACAGACAAGCCAGUAGAAGCGAGAGAAUACAUGUUGCAAAGAGUCAAACAGUUACUCCUGAAAAACAUCAACCUAGGAAAAAACAGGCAUGGCUUUGGGAAGAAGACAAGAAUUUGAAAUCUGGUGUGAGAAAAUAUGGAGAAGGAAACUGGUCUCAAAUACUAUUACAUUAUAAAUUCAACAACCGAACAAGUGUCAUGUUAAAAGACAGGUGGAGGACUAUGAAGAAACUAAAACUGAUUUGCUCAGACAGUGAAGACUGAAUGUGUUUAUAAAAGCUUGAUAAAAGGACAGUUAAAUAUUUAGAUCACUGCAUUUUGUUUAAAACUUGCUGGUCAUUAAUGUGUAUUAAGUUUUUUGUUUAAAGCAUUUUUUUAAAGUAUUUUUCUGUGACAAUAUGAGGAUUUGUGCUAUAAGAGUAAAAUUAUAUGCCAUCCUUAUAUUCUUUAAGAAUCUUUAUAUUUUGAUGAAAUGUAAAUUUGUUGAACCCUGUCACAUUCAAUACCCCCACUCCCAAAUCCUGUUAAAAUAAAAAAUUAAAACCUGUUAGGGGUAAAAAUAUAUAUUUUUUAACCUAUUCUGUGUCUGUAGACUGACCUCAACCUCAACACACACGUAAAAGUGAAUUUUCUUUUUUUCUUUUCUUUUUUUUUUUAACUGCCAAGGGGAUCGCAACCCUUGGCACAGUGUGGUCUGCACCACGCUCAGCCAGUGAGCUCACUGGCCAUCCCUAUAUAGGAUCCAAACCCGUGGCCUCGGCACUACCAUUACUGCACUCUCCUGAGUUAGCAACGGGGCCGGCCCUAAAAGUGAAUUUUCUAAGUAAUUGAAAAUUAAAUAGUUCUUUGAUUUGAGAUAAUGACUUGAUUUACAGCCUUAAUAUACUAAUUACCAAGAUGUUCGUUAAUAGAAUGAAAUGUGUACAAAGUAAUCUGUAAGGUUUACUUAAGUUUUCUUUUUAAUAGCUUAAUAUAAAGGAAAAAGCUUAAUAACCCCAUAAGGACAAAAUUUGUACCAUUAGCAAGAAUAGCUUUGUGUCUAUACCUGAAACUGAGGAAUUUGUAAAGAAACAAUAAUUAUUGCUUACAUCUUCAGAGGCUGGGAAGUCCAAAGUCUGGGAAACACAUCAGGUGAGGGACUUUUCCUGGUGGUGGCUUUACUGCUGUAUAAAAACACUAAAAAAACACAGGGUGUGACAUGGCAAGAAUGACAGAAGCAGAGAGGUGAGAACCUCCUCACGGCUCUCCUUUUAAAGCCAUCAGAACCAUGCCCACAACCACCAUUAAACCAUUGAAUGGAUUAAUCCAUUCACUGUAGCAUGGUCUUCACAAUCUAGUCACCUUUUCAAGGCCCCACCUUUCAAUUAUAAUAAGAUUUCCCACCCUCAACAGUUACAGUGCAGAUUAGGCUUCAUUGAGUUUGGGGGAACAUUCAAUCCACAGCAUGCCUCAUUUAGGAAGAGCUUGACUUUUGUUCCAGUAUUAAAACUUUAACAAGGAUGGUUUUGAAUAAAGCUUUAUUACUUGAUGCCAUAAAUAUCAGGUUCUCUGAUACUUUUAAUAAAUCAGUAUUGGGCCUAAGUAGUAUUUUGUAAAUGCUUAAAAUAUUAACCAUGGUCAUCUUGCUGUCUAUAAGAAAUAAGGAAGAUCAUACAUACCUUACUAGACAACUUUAAGUUUUCACCAACUUUCUGUUCUUUAGAAGAUUUAGUCAAAGACAGGAUUAUUUAGCAUUUUGAGUUACAUAUGCUUUAUUUAGCAAGUGAGUGAAAGAAAAUAUUGAAAUGCUGAAGUAUUUGCAUUAGAAAAUCAGAUGUACUUUUUAAUC